CCAGCAUAAACUCACUAGUAGUAAACAAACCAACUUUUCACCAGACUAACACAAAUGGAUAUUAUAUUCUUUUUUACAUUGAUUUUUACACUGUUAGAAAUUCUUCUUAUUACUGUCUACACUUACUCCAUCCCUACCUAUCUUACGUUGUUAUAUAACAUAUAAUGCAUAAUUUGCUAAAUUAGCACACAGGUUCACCCCAAUCGCCUAUGCUAAAGCAUGGGAUGGGUGUACUUGUAUACAAGUAAAAGCUAAUCCUACACUUAAAACUAAGGGCAGAGUUUCAACCAGCGAUUUACAAACGUUGGCUUGUAGGCAGGCUUAGCCAGCUUUUGUAGCCGGACCCUGGUCAGUUCGACAUUUUAACCUUCUAGGUUAGGACAGGGAUUGGUGUACCUCAUAUAAAGGUGCUAGGAUAUCAGGGGAUAAUAUGUAUAAUGCAUGCAAGUACUUUGGAGCAGUUGACUUGUGCUGCGUCAAUACAGAUUCAACUAGUACUGUUGCAACUGAUCAUUCAUUUGGAUGCGGCUGAUGAGGGGAACGCGGGUAAUGCUGUUAUCUAGGUUAUUACCAACCUAGACGUCGCGCCUGGAAAGUUCUAUGUUACAGCUGAUAAAGAAGGCAACAGAUUGACUACAUAGUUCUAGUAACCUAAGUAUAGGAUAAGUUAGUUGUUGUAUUGCUUAGUGUAGUCUGCAAGUUCUACAGUAAAUCUAUGUAAAUAGUUAGUAGUUAUUUCUUGUAAGGCAACUUUAGCCUAAAUAUGUGUUUUAACUAAGUAAUUGUAUGCAGUUAGCCCCAUCUAUAGUCUACCUCAACACCGUGGCCCUGCAGACCUCCCCCUCGGCCCGGGGCCCAGACGCCCUGGACUUCAAGCCUACGCGGUGGCUCCAGCCCGUCUCCAGAGGAGUGGACGAGGCGCCGCAGCUUAUAACCCCGCAACGCGGCGCAUUCCUUCCUUGGUUCGCCGGUCUCCGGGUGUGCCCGGGCCAAAAGAUGUCCCAGGUAGAACUCGUCGCGGUCGUUACUUAG